AUGGCUCCAAGCCACCCAAGAAAUUGCUUGGAGCCCCACCACAUGGUACGUCUCCCAACCCAAGGCCACUCCUCCGUCUUCUCGAAAUUGUCCCCAUCCGACGUGCUUAACUUCUUCCGAGUCCAUCCAGCUUUUGCCGAGAUUGCACGGGGUUGCCAUAAGAGGUGGCACCAUGUCAGUCUUGGAAAAGACGCUCUCCUGGUGGAAAAGUUGGGCCGAGACGGUCGGGUGCAGCGCCAUUUAUGGAACUAUUCGAUGGAGGAGAGCCAGGUGCUCGACGACGAGCUCCCCUUCGUAUUUCAUACACUAACAAAGGCCGAACUUCGGAAAAUAAAUUCUACUCCGUCGCUCGAUGGGGCCACCGAGGAUCACCUUAACAUCGGGCUGAAAGUCUCAUUUCUCCACUACCCAAAAUGCACCUCCAUCUCACUGCUGCAAACAUUUUCCGAAAACCUCAACAUCACCGCGCUGACACUCGGUCACGAAGAAGCAUGUACCAUCCAUUCCAAUGCACAGCUUUUCGAAUUUUUUCUUAGGAACAAGAAAAUCACUACCGCAAACUUCUCGGUAUUCGGGAGUGAAGGUUUUGGCAAAGCGUCAGAAUUACGGCUGCCCAAGCAGUGGAUGAAGAUUUACGAUCAUGGUGAGGGGAUUGAGGACGAGGUCUAUACCGUUGUUGAGGAAGUAAUUCAGCAAUGGGAAUGCAAUGAGCGAGAUGUCAAUGCCUGGAUGUUAUGCCUUGAGACUUCUGAGAGGAAUGAAUUCCUCUAUGAAGCGAUAUAUGGCAUGGCUUCCCGUUUGGCUGCGGAUAGGUCCGGAAGCUUUCGGCGGGAGGUACCGGCGUGCAUUCAACUUAUCGAAAGGAAAGACGGUUCUGGAUUACUCAUCUUAACGGCCGGACCAUCGGUAUUAUUGAUUUCUUGCCACUACGAAUAUCGUAGAAAACGAGGCCUUGGAUUCGGGAGCCUGGUCCAGGCACACCAUAGAAGGCUGAUACGCUCUGGCGUGCAGCAGCUAGAGAAGGUAGAAGCGGAUAUUUGGCGCUUCGCCCGCUUCGGACUGCAGCCGGAAAUCAAUGACGACACCGUUGAGGAAAUCACAAAGGGCUUGUAUGACUUCAGCUUGGACGACCGCGACAUAGCAAACGUCAUUCGCUCUCAGUUGGAGCGCCUACACGACCUGCUAGAAGGCGCCAGAUCAAACGUGGAAUCACGACUGAGAUGCUAUAUGGCAAAUUUUAGCAAUGUGCCAAAACGCGAGCUGAUCAUUGACACGCUUUUCCUCGGCUCCGGUGCAGCUUCACACGUCAACCACGCGCUUCUCGACCACCUCUACCGUAACGGUUUUGAGCCAAGCGGCUUUCCGGAUGCACACUACAAGAAGGACGAGCAGCACAAAGUACUCCACGAAUACAUUGACUACUACAAAAAGCACGGGUCUAUCACGAGUUAUUACUGC